UGGAGCAAAGAGAGGGGGGAAGCGGUGGUCAGGCGCGAGACGGAGCCGUCGCUCCCUGCUCUGGCUGAGGGGCUGGUCCGGCGUACAGUCGUGUGAAUAGAGUCGCCUUCUUCUGUACAAAGUGUCGCACCCCGCUUAGGAUUUGUGUUAGAGGGGUGGGAAAGACUGCUGAUGGAAAAAAGAGGAAGGAGAUGGGAUGAAGCAAGCUCCAAAAAUGAGGCCAAAUAUUUAGCCAUAAGAUCUGCAAUUAAGACUGGAUCUUGAGAUGGAGAACACAGAGACUUCAAAGAUAGUUAACAGAUACCUAUCCUGGAUCUGAUCCUUAUAAUCAGGAGGAAUUGAUUCUGGUUUAAGAAAAGUUACGAGAUUCAGUAUGUCAAGCUGCUGGAUAGUUUUAUGGUGGUUCUCAUUGUUAACAUUGGUAUAUCAUUCUGGAUCCUACCUCAUCGACACGAUUGCUGCAAGUAGUUUUAACCAUGUGCAUAAUUACAUUAAUACAUCCAACUUGGAUCAAGAUUAUUGUGAAAAGAAACUGAAAUUAUCUACUUUGAAUGAAUGGAAACUUUCAACAGAAACGUUCACAGCUACACUUCCCAUUGAUCAUAUUCAAGAAAAUUAUGUUCGUGAGGUUCAAGAUUGUAUUUUUUCUGUUGGAUUCCCUACACCAUUUAAAUCGAGAGUUCUACUUGUAGCUGUUUCAGAGGAAGUCCUGGAAGAUAUUCUGGACUUGGACAUGUCUGUCUCAGACUCAGAUGAUUUUCUACACCUUGUCAGUGGUUCAAAAAUAAUCUUGGGAUCUCCACCGCUAACCCACAGAUAUGGUGGCCAUCAGUUUGGUAGCUGGGCAGGACAGCUGGGUGAUGGAAGAGCCCACUUGAUCGGCAUUUAUACUAACAGAUUUGGAUCCAGAUGGGAACUGCAGCUCAAAGGUUCAGGAAGGACACCAUACUUUAGGAAUGGCGAUGGCAGAGCUGUGCUUCGGUCUUCUGUACGAGAAUAUUUGGGAAGUGAAGCCAUGCAUUACCUUGGAAUUCCUACAAGCAGGGCAGCUAGGUACUUUAUCAGGUUUAUUCUUUACCUGCAUAGAACAGAGGGCUCCAGACCUCUUUCAGUCUGUUCUGUGCUAACUCCUCAACUCCUCCAUUUCCACAGCUUAGUUGUAAGCGAUGAUGACAUUUGGAGAGAUCAGUUCUACAGUGGGAAUAUUAAGAAAGAAAGAGGUGCAAUUGUCUUACGUGUUGCAAAAUCAUGGUUUCGAAUAGGAUCAUUGGAAAUACUAGCUCAUUCUGGAGAACUGGAUUUGUUAAGGAUGCUGCUAGAUAUGGUAAUAAAAGAACACUUUCCAAAAGUAAACAUGAAUUAUUCAAAUAAAUAUCUGGCAUUUUUCUCUCAAGUAGUGUCUGAGACGGCACGUUUGAUUGCCUUGUGGAUGUCAGUAGGCUUCGCUCAUGGAGUAUGUAAUAGUGAUAAUUUCAGCUUAUUAUCCAUAACCAUAGAUUAUGGCCCAUUUGGCUUCAUGGAUUCAUAUGACCCAGACUUUGUCCCAAACACAUCUGAUGAUGAAAGACGGUAUAAAAUAGGAAAUCAGGCAAAUGUUGGAAUGUUUAAUAUGAACAAGCUGCUAAAGGCACUAAACCCUUUAUUCAGUCCCAGACAAAAGCAGCUGGCUUCUCAAAUACUUGAAGGAUACCCUGAACAAUAUUAUAAAAGCUUUACAGAACUAUUCAAGGCAAAAUUAGGUCUGCUAGGUGACAGUGAGGAUGAUAGCUAUUUGAUUGCUUUCCUUCUAAAACUCAUGGAAGAUACAAGGGCAGAUUUUACAAUGACUUUUCGGCAGCUCAGUGAGAUUUCAGAAGACCACCUCAAGGAUCUCAGCAUUCCUAAGGAAUUUUGGGCUUUGCAAGAUGUAGCUAAACACAAGUACUUUUCAAGCUGGAUUGACAUGUACCUCUUGAGAUUAAAAAGGAAUAUGGGUGAUUCAGACUCUGAAAGAAGCAGAAGAAUGAGCAGUGAGUAUAGUCAUAAUUUGUUUAAUCAUUCAAAAUAGUUUGUUGUCUUCUUAUAGAUUCAGCUUCUAAAUACCUGCAUGUUCAAUAAAAUAGACCUGUUACAAAGUUUAUUGUUACGCUUGAUCUUAGCCAAAAGGCUUAGAGGCAAGAAAUUUUUUAUUCUUUUUAUUUAGAGCAGACACAGGUUGGAGAGCAAUGCAAAGUUUCACUGUAACAAUUUAGAGACUAAUUUUGAUCUUUCUGUAUGUGCAAUUUUCUGUGUUAGACCUUGUGGCUCAAAAUACAAAAACAACCAGACAGAGGCCCCGUCUACUACACCGAUGCUGGAAACAUGCCAAGGAGAUCUAAGUGGCAGUUUUCUCCUGCUUCCUUUUUUUUUCCCUUGAAAAAACAGCAGUUGUAUCUACACAUGGCACAGUUGGGAACAAACGUGCCCUAUCCCAAAGUGGCAUUCUCCCCAGGUUUGUGCCUGAUACUCAAGUCACUGCUCCUUUGGCAACAGAGCAUAGUCCCACCUGAACAGCCCCAUGUUACCAGAAAAAAGGCAGAGAGCAAUGGCGCACCAGGACCCCUGCAACCCACCAGUUGCUUCUAAAGCACCAUAGACCUAAGCUGCAUUUUCUGUCUGUUGUUAUUCUCAUUGACUGCGCUCUCAAAGGCACAGUACUUCCAGCUGAGCAAAGGCUGCAGGGGCAGGAAGUGUGGCUGACAAUCAGCCUCUCCAGUGAAGAAGCAGAGCGCAAGAGGAGUGUGCCCGAAGGGGCAUGCCUCUCAGGCCUGGAAAAGAAGCUGGUUGCCAGGGGUUGCUGACCAUCUUGAGACCUGUGUGCUUGCCUAUGCAGCAAAGGUGUGAAAGGUCUGGAAACGUCUUCAGCAACAAAGAAAGUGCUUUCCUCCUGUGCGGUAGACCUCAGAACUGAGGUGUGGUAUCUUUUUCUCCUGAGCCAUUUUUUUCCUAGCAAAGAGAAAUCAUGUCAUGGGAAGACGCAGAAGAUUGCAGAUGAACGAUGACCAUGAUUCUGUCAAUGGGAAGGUGGUGGCACAGUAAAAGCUGCUUCUGGAAGCAUGUGCAGCAUAUUGGGGAUGAGCAAAGACAUGUUCUUGAAGACCCCAGGAGUUAAACUUGAUAUAUUUGAUAAGAAUGUCCACUGAUCCCCCAGUUCAGCUGAAGUUGUUGGAAUUGACAGUAAUUUGCUGUUCACCUUAAAAUAUAUUAGAGAGCCUUACACUCCACACACACACACACAUACACAUGUACAACAUGGAGGCUAUAGCAAAGCUGAUUCUUUAACAUUUUUUGGAUUAGAUUUAUAUCCUGCCUUUCCUCUGAGAGUCCAAGUAUCUUAUGACUAAUUAUGAAGUGGGUGAUCUUCAAACUUAUUUUCCAGGAAUAGAAAACAAACUCUGUAGGGUUUGCUUAAAGGAAGAUUUGGAAAUCUGUGGUAACUUAGAACAUUUCUCAAAGUGUGGAUGCCAACCCCCAAGGGAAUUGUAAAAUAAUAAAUAGGGGGUUGUCAGAGUGUAACUUCUUCAAAAUGCUUUUCCAGCCAGAUUACCAGUUUGAUUCAAAAAUAUACUGAACACAGUAUACACUGAGCCCUGUAU